AUGCAGCCAUUCCUCCGCGGCCUUAUGCAGCCAUUCCUUCGCGGCCUUAUGCAGCCAUUCCUCAGCGGCCUUAUGCAGCCAUUCCUCCGCGGCCUUAUGCAGCCAUUCCUCCGCGGCCUUAUGCAGCCAUUCCUUCGCGGCCUUAUGCAGCCAUUCCUCUGCGGCCUUAUGCAGCCAUUCCUCAGCGGCCUUAUGCAGCCAUUCCUCCGCGGCCUUAUGCAGCCAUUCCUCCGCGGCCUUAUGCAGCCAUUCCUCCGCGGCCUUAUGCAGCCAUUCCUCAGCGGCCUUAUGCAGCCAUUCCUCUACGGCCUUAUGCAGCCAUUCCUUCGCGGCCUUAUGCAGCCAUUCCCCCGCGGCCUUAUCAGCAAGUCCUCCGGGCAUUAUUGCAGCCCUCCUCUGCGGCCUAUGCAGCCCAUUCCUCGCGGCCUUAUGCAGCAUCCUCGCGCAUUAUUCAGCCAUCCUUGCGCGCCUUAUGAUCCCGGCCCACGGCUUAUGCAGCAAUUCCUCCGCGGCCUUAGCAGCCAUUCAUCUGCGGCCUUAGCAGACAUUCCUCCGCGGCCUAUUCCGCCAUUCCUUCGCUGCCCUUAUGCAGCCAUUCCUCCUCGGCCUUAUGCAGCCAUUCCUCCGCGGCCUUAUGCAGCCAUUCCUCAGCGGCCUUAUGCAGCCAUUCCUCCGCGGCCUUAUGCAGCCAUUCAUCUGCCGCCUUAUGCAGCCAUUCCUCCAACGCCUUAUUCAGCCAUUCCUUCGCGGCCUUAUGCAGCCAUUCCUUCGCGGCCUUAUGCAGCCAUUCCUCCGCGGCCUUAUGCAGCCAUUCCUUCGCGGCCUUAUGCAGCCAUUCCUCCGCGGCCUUAUGCAGCCAUUCCUUCGCGGCCUUAUGCAGCCAUUCCUCUGCCGCCUUAUGCAGCCAUUCCUCCAACGCCUUAUGCAGCCGUUCUUUCGCGGCCUUAUGCAGCCAUUCCUUCGCGGCCUUAA